GACCCUUACAUCUAACAUCAUACUCAACUUCUACACCAAAUGCAGCCUAGUUGAGUAUGCUCGCAAGCUGUUUGAUCGAAUGCCGACGAGGAGCAUUGUCUCUUGGAACACCAUGAUCGCCGGCCAUAACAAUCAUGGAGAAUAUGUAGAAUCUCUCACUCUCUUUCAGCAAAUUUGUCGUCAAGGAUUGGUCUUGAGCGAAUUUACUUUGUCGAGCAUUCUCUGCGCGUGCGCAGAAAAAAUCGCAGUUUUUGAGUGCAGGCAAUUGCACGGUUUGGCUCUCAAAAUAGCAAGAGAUUCUAACGUUUUUGUUGGAACCGCACUGCUUGAUGUGUACGCCAAGAGCAAUAUGAUCAAUGAUUCGGUUCAGGUUUUUGAUAAUUUGACUGAAAAAUCUUCCGUCACUUGGAGCUCGAUGGUUUCUGCUUAUGUCCACAAUGAUCUUCAUGAGGAGGCUUUGGUUCUGAUUUCUAAAUCUCAGAAAAUGGAUUUGGAAUGGACGAAGUUCACUCUUUCUGCCGCUCUGAGUGCCUGCACUGCAUUAGCUGCAACUAUUGGAGGAACGCAGUUACAUUCCGUUAUUGUUAGAACUGGAUUUGAUUCAGAUAUAUUUGUCUCCACUGCUCUUACAGAUCUUUAUGCAAAAUCUGGGUGCAUUAAGGAAGCUUGGAAUGUAUUUUCGAUCGCAGAGGAGAAGAGCAUCGUCCUGUGGAACGCGAUGAUUGCAGGAUUCUCGAGACACGCUCGAUGCCUCGAAACCAUCAUGCUGUUCGAAAAGUUGCGGAGUACAGGAAUUUGCCCAAAUGAAGUAACUUUUGUAUCUGUUUUGUCUUCAUGUAGCCAUGCUGGUUCAGUUGAAAGCGGGCGUUUUUAUUUCGAUCUUAUGAGGAAGGAUGGUGAAUUGGAACCUAAUGUUCUUCACUAUUCUUGCAUGGUUGAUGUUCUUGGUCGAUCUGGAUUUAUUGAAGAAGCAUGGGAAUUGAUUCAGAAUAUGCCGUUUGCUCCCACUGGGUCUAUUUGGGGAUCUCUGCUUAGUUCAUGUAGGAUUCAUGGCAAUCUUCAACUGGCGAAGGUUGCAGCAGAACAUCUAUUUGAGAUCGAGCCUGAAAAUGCGGGAAAUCGUGUAUUGCUUUCGAACUUAUAUGCCGCAAGUAAAAAUUGGGAAAAGGUUGCUGUUUUGAGGAAGAAUUUGAAGGAUAAUGGUGUAAAAAGGGAAAAAGGAAGGAGUUGGAUUGAAGUGAGGGAUAAAGUUCAUGUUUUUGUUGUUGGGGAGUAUAAUCAUCCGAGAAUUUCGGAGAUAUAUAUAAAGUUGGAGGAUCUAAGGAAUGAGAUGAAGAAAUUGGCUUAUAAGACACAAAAUGAAUGUGAUUUUCAUGAUGUUGAUGAAGAGCAGAAGGAGGAAUUGCUUGGUCAACACAGCGAGAGAUUGGCAUUUGCUUUUGGUUUAAUAAGCUUGCCUCCUGAUGCAACCAUUAGGAUAAAUAAGAACCUCAGGGUUUGUGGGGAUUGCCACUCUUUUCUGAAACUUGGAUCCAAAAUAUCAGGAAGAGAAAUUAUUGUGAGAGAUAUAAAGAGGUUUCACCAUUUUUGCAGUGGUUUAUGUUCUUGCAGGGAUUUUUGGUGACUAGAAGUCUUCGUGAUCAUCUUUUUCUGAUAUAAAUUUUAGAUUCAUCAUGUGCUGCUAUUUCUGUUGCAAAUUUAGAAAUUUGUAAAUGUUUCCACCUUACGACGAUGAUUUUGGUGUUGUUCAAUACAAUUUGGCAUUUGCUUUGCAUUAAAAGACUUCUAAUGGCUUUG